CGCUAGGUUUGCACUGAAUUAAUAGAUAGCUAACGUGCACAGUAGACAGAUAAACACAUACAAGCUCUUACGUUAGUAGCUAGAAAGCGAGACGAGGAGCUUGGGCAGAGAGAGGCGCUUUAGGCGUACCAGUUGUUCUCUCUGCCUAGAGGCCAUCGAAAGGGCCUUUGGAGGUUGGGGACGGCUGGACUGUGCAAGGCAUCGAUGACCACCAUCCUCGAUGACUGUGGCCACCAUUGCCUUCUUCACGAUGGCCAGACCACGUUGUUUGAGUCGCUGCCGCCCUUCCAUGACGACCUAGCAGAGGAGGUUGCAGCCGAGGACCUUUCGCUAUCACCGUCGCCAGACUCAGUGGACGAGACCCAGGGCGCUUCUGGUUCUUCUCUGCCGGCUACUCCUGCUGAGCGGCCGGGCACAUUUUGCCCCAGUUCCUUGCCCCUGCCGCCCGCGUCAUGUCCGAAUCGGGCGACGCUUGUGCUGGACCUCGAUGGCACGCUAAUUGCAAGCGAGGAGCUCAACUCGCCCAACUCCACAUAUCUCUGGAAUCCUCAACCCGGCGCGCGCGCUCCGGACUACGAGGCUAUGGGGCGCCGAGUAUGGCUCCGUCCCGGGGUCCGCGAAUUCCUGGUGGCCGUACGGCCACACUUCGAAAUCGUGCUCUUCACGGCAGCAACGCAGAACUGGGCUGCUGCUGCAAUUGAGCAGCUGGAUCCCUCGGCCUACCUUUUUGACGUCAUGCUUCACCGCGACCACACCACUUCGGACCUGAUGUGGGACUACGUCAAGGACCUCUCGCGGCUGGGUCGCGACCUGGCCCGCACGGUGAUUGUGGACGACAACCCGCUCAUGUUCAUGUACCAGCCCGACAACGCGCUGCAUAUAGGAGCGUAUGAGGCAGCCACAGCGGGCGGGCCGGACAACGUAUUGGAGCGGGUGGCCGAGGUGCUGAUUAGCCAGGUGGCUGUCGCGGAGGACGUGCGCGAGGUGCUGGGGCCCAUGGCGAGCGCCAAGUCCUGCAUCACCUCGACCGUCUCCGCAGCCCCCGCUGCCGCCACUGCCGCGGUUGCUACUGAUGCUGCUGCUGUUGCCGCUGGCGCCCCAACGGACACCUCUACCUCUGCCGGAGAGGGCGAGGACCCGCAUGCCGCAGCGGAUCAGGGCUGCACCCCUGCAGGAUGCAGCGGGCCCGAGGCCAUGGUAUGCGACGAUGACGCGGAUUCCGACGGCAGCUCCGAACAGCAGUCGGGCUGCGAAGCGGAAGAGGAGGAGGAGGUAGACGAGGAUGAGCAGCAAGAACAGCAGCAACAUGGCGAGCAGCUGCAGCAGCAGCAGUACCACCACGAUGCCGGGCAUCCCAGCGACUGCACGAUACAGUGCACGGAGGCUGCUGACCAGGAGGAGGAGGACUACGACUGGGACAACGACUCUGAGGGCGGCGAGGCCUUUGACGAGCACGGCGCGGCUGCCCGUCUCGGAGCCGAUGUCGAGGGCUCGGGAUCACACACGCCUUGUCACCGACCGCAUCACGCUCGGCAGCAAGAGCAGAAUGAUGCUGACCUGGCAGUGGCUGUUGCGUUGGAGACACACGAGAGCCUGGCGGCCGAUGAGGCGGGAACGGUUGCUGCAGUUGCGGCUGCUGCAGUCGUUGUGGAGGAGCAGAGCUACCACAGCAGCGAGGAUUUUGAGGCGCUGAUGGAGGAUGCGAUUGCAGAGUACGACAGCGACGCGUACGAAGGUCCGUAUCACCGUGAUGAUUAUAAAGAGUCUUUUUAUGAGGCUCCGGCGCUGCAUGCUGCUGGGUGCGAGCUUGACGCGGAAGACGUGGAGGCACCCGUCGCAACCGCCCCAACGGUGGUUGUCGACGUGGCACGUCAUGGCUGCAAGCGUGGCCGUGACGGAUCGGAUUCGGAUGCUAGCUCGGCCGGCGGACGGCUGUUCAGCGAUGCGGCUUGCGACGCUCCGCCCAGCAGGCGCCUGUGCCUGGGUUGCCAUGACCCGAGCUGUGUUGAGAACCACAUCAGGGCCAGCGCCGACACGCAAGUGACGGCAGUGCUUUAGCGCCGGGAGCCUUGCGCGUUGCAGGUGCAGUUCCCCCAGGGCUCCUUGCCGCCCUGGAGUCGUGUUGGGCUGGGAUUGGGUGUGAUGGGUCCACAUGCCCCGUUCGGGGCCUGGCGUAUCCGACACCAACUGGCACGUGAUUUGCCAACAUAAAAGUUAUCAUUUAGUGGUUGCCUGCCGCUUAUCGUCCGCGCGUGGCAGGGCUUUUGCGGUUGUAAAGCGACUGUAUUUUGUCGCUGCCUGGUGUGUCUGCACAGUACGUUGUGUGUUUUUGUGUGUGCGCGGUGUGAGGAGAGCGCUGCUUGCUGCGAGAGGGGAGAGAGAACCAUGCCUGGAGCGAGGUCGGUGCGAGGGUGGCAGCAGAAGCCACAUGCACAUGACCGCCCUGUUGAGUGCGUUGAGGUGUCGUGGGGUUGGGGAGGGGCGCAGCGCCUUCAGGCGGCUUUAUUGAGUUCAUCAUGGAUUUGUGCCGCACGGAUGUGUCCAGGCGCCGUGUGGUGCGCAUAGGCAGGGUUGCGAGCAUGUGUCCUCGGCUGGAGGGUACUCCUCUUAUGACGUCCCCAUAACUGUCUGCCGCCGGGGGAGAAUAUAAUUUAAAAACCAGCAGCAGCAACCGAGCGGAUGGUUUUAUGUGGAUACGUUGCUAGAUGUAGCUACCGUUCAGGUUUGGUUCUAAGAAUGGUGGCGACCAGGGCUUUCGCGUGAGGAAAGCGCUCUGUGGUGGGCGGAUGGAGGCCUUGACUGCGGUGCAGCUGUAGGUCGUGUGAGGUGGGAGAUGUCUGCUUCCGUGGGCUGUCUUCCUCCUAUGCAUCGCAUGCGCCGGUGUUGGUGCGUACCUGAGCCGUGGAACCCUUCCAGGCCACCCUCCUGUCGGUAUUUGUAUGUGUGGUUUUGCCGUCGUGCAGUUAGGUGGCGUUUAACUUCAUCUUAAAUACCAACACAAAAAAUCAGUGGUCCUCGUUGAAAGUAUUUCGUGGUAGUAGUUGAUAGCCCCUUCUAUUGAGAAGAUAAAGCGUUUCUGAACCAGCAACAUCAAUGCGUAGGGUACGGCAUUCUUCUUUUACCGUAUGCGUCGAUUCGUAGGGGUCGGCGCUAAGGCGCAUUAUGUUGCCCCUUCAAUGUCACGAUCAUAUCGUUGGCACGGUUAUAUCGUUGAUGAGGGUGGCUUAAAAGUGUUGUUGGUUUACGUCAGAACUAGGCACGACAAGGACGUGCGCUGCGGGUGGGUUGCCGAGUAACCGUCCCAGGGUACCAUUCGUGGUGUAGCGUUUGCCUACGUUCGUGUUUACAAGAUGCGUUCUCCCAGAUGUUUGUGGCGCGUUUGGGCUUAUUCUCAUGUUUGCGUGGAUGGUGGUUUUGCUGUCUAGGUGUCUAGGGUGUGUUAAUUAGUUUCGGAACGCACUGCUAUACGAGGGCCGCAGCCCGCUAGGAGGUUGUCGUGGUAUGCUCAGCCAUGGCUGUGUCCCCUUGACAGGCGUGGCUGGUGGGAGGUAGCGUAGGUCACAAAGAGCUUUUUGCAGACGGGAAGCUUUUGCAAAUGAGUAUACGGAAACGUAGGUCAGGCCUUUCAUUCCAACAGCCAUCUGGCUGAGUGCGUUUCUCGGUUGCUCGGACCGUUGAUAGGGUGGUGUCCUCAUUCAGGUAUAGAUUGACAUUCCUGUCAUUGCCAUCUGCGGAUGGGCGAUCCGCGCUUCCCCCUACCUUGGGACUGCAGGCGGUGACGUGGCGGCGUGGAACCGUUGUGCGAGGGGGGGGGGCCGUAUGAGGAGGCGGCAAGAGCCCAAGUAAUUGUUUAUAGCUUGGUCAGGUGCAUGCUGUCCCUGUGCGUAUGGUGCCGCCUGUUUUGGUCGCGCGACUUGGUAACGCUUUACAGUAGGUUAGGAGUUGGCAGUAGGUAUUUGCGCGGGCGCAUUUCUACGCCGGAGGCCAUAAAAAUGUUUUUAUGCUGUACGUGGGAUGGCGGAUCCUAUCCGUUGUUUGGAAGGAUCUCCGGUAGGACUUGAGGCUUUGCGAGUAGCGUAGGGUAGAUUAGGAACUAUCGUAAGUAUGUGGCCUUGGAGCCCUGCAGGCUGUGCAAGCGUUUUAUAGCGAGUGGCAAGUCGAGAUGAAAGGCGCACGAGCCUGCCUUACUGUUUUAGGUCUCAGGCACAGAUAGGCUAGUGGACUAAGACACGUGUAGGUAGGGCCGUAAAAACAUGUUUGCCCUAUGAUGUUGCUUAUAUUAUUCCUGGCCUGCAUUGAGCACUCCCUCCUUGUUCGUUGACAAGCAGUUGGCGAGCUUGCGCCCACAUGUGUUUUACUGUGGUGUCCUUUGCGGCCUUUUGGCUGAUGCGCCAUGUCCCGUUUGGUGCUUGCUUAGGCAGAUGACGUGUUGCUGGGUUGAUUAAGUGGAGGAAAGUGAGGUAAACCUGGACGAAAUGAACACACAACCUUUGUACGUUACAAACGCAGACACAUUUGGGAUUUCCCAACCGACUAUGUAAUGGUUCUUCGUACAUUCGGCAUAACCCUAAAGCCAUUGCAGUUGGGAAAGUUAGGAUGAUGUUCAUUACCGUGCGGCGAUG